AUGUGCGCGCAUGUAGGCAUUCUAGUGGAGAUGUUUUGCGAAACUUUAAGGAUGAUAUACCUUGGAUGUUUCCUGUUGCUCUGUGGGCUUACGCAUGUCAUGGCAAGUUAUCCAAUCUGGUGGUCACUAGCAGUGGGCCACCAGUACUCAUCACUGGGCACCCAACCCAUCCUGUGUGGCAGCAUCCCAGGUCUGGUGCCCAAACAGCUGCGCUUCUGUCGGAACUACGUGGAAAUCAUGCCCAGUGUGGCAGAGGGGGUGAAGAUUGGCAUCCAGGAGUGUCAGCACCAGUUCAGAGGCCGGCGCUGGAACUGCACCACAAUCAACGACAAUCUGGCAAUUUUUGGACCAGUGUUAGAUAGAGCAACAAGAGAAUCGGCAUUUGUUCACGCUAUUGCCUCGGCGGGAGUGGCGUUUGCAGUGACCCGUGCCUGUGCUGAGGGUUCAGCCACCAUCUGUGGAUGUGACACACGCCACAAGGGCCCCCCUGGUGAGGGAUGGAAGUGGGGCGGCUGCAGUGAGGACGUAGAGUUUGGCAGCAUGGUGUCCCGGGAGUUUGCUGAUGCAAGGGAGAACCGUCCCGAUGCACGUUCAGCCAUGAACCGCCAUAACAAUGAAGCAGGGAGAACGUCCCUCAAUGACAACAUGUUCCUGAAGUGUAAGUGCCACGGCCUCUCGGGCAGCUGUGAGGUCAAGACCUGCUGGUGGUCUCAGCCUGACUUCCGGGUAAUCGGUGAUUACAUGAAGGAUAAGUACGACAGCGCAUCGGAGAUGGUGGUGGAGAAACACAAGGAGUCCCGUGGAUGGGUGGAGACCCUGCGACCCAAGUACAACUACUUCAAACCCCCAACGGAACGUGACCUGGUUUAUUAUGAGAGCUCGCCAAAUUUCUGCGAUCCUAACCCUGAAACCGGCUCCUUUGGUACCCGCGAUCGCACCUGCAACCUGACAUCCCACGGCAUAGACGGCUGUGACCUUCUCUGCUGUGGCAGAGGUCACAACACCCGGACUGAGAAGAGAAAGGAGAAGUGCCACUGUAUAUUCCACUGGUGCUGCUACGUCAGCUGUCAGGAGUGUGUCAGAGUCUACGACGUGCACACCUGCAAGUAGGGACAUCUGGCUUUCUUCCCUUCUCACCAAAACUUCAAGACUCCAGUCGGUAGAGGAGCAAAUACAAGAACUUACCUACUGGACAUGAGAGACUCUGAAACCGUCUGACCUGACUGUGGAUUCAGCCAAUGGCGGACAAGAUGGCCUUGUGUUUUGUGCUGUGAUGCUGAAAAAGAGCCAGUCUCUGCCCUAAUUUACCGAAACAGUUGAGUAGGUGUUGAUAUUAGGAAGCAUCAUCCACAUGAACUGUGAGGUGCUGA